AUCCUUGUCAUCUAUCGAUGUCUUAGUGUUAUUGAUUUUUUCCAAAUCUUUUUUUUUCCUCUACUAAUCCAUGACAGACAAAAAUGGCAGACGAUGAUGAGUAUCAAGAGAUGGAAAAUGAAGAUUUUGCUGACGAUGAUGUAGAUGAUGUAGAUUUGGAACAAGGGGAGGAUGAACAGGAUGACCAUCGCAUCGAUAUUAUCAGCGCAGAGAAAGGCACGGCAUCAACAGAUCGCGUGACGACACCAUUCAUGACAAAGUAUGAGCGUGCAAGGGUUCUCGGAACGCGAGCGUUACAAAUUGCAAUGGGAGCACCGGUCAUGGUGGAACUGGAAGGAGAAACUGACCCUUUGGAGAUCGCUCGCAAGGAACUCAAACAUCGCCGAAUUCCAAUCAUCGUUCGUCGUUAUCUACCCGAUGGCUCAUUUGAAGAUUGGUCCGUUGAUCAACUUCAUGUCACGGACUGGUAACUACAAGUAUCCUGUCUGUUUGUUGCUUGUUAUUG